AUGGCUGAUGCAACAUGCAUUCAACUCAAGUUCAUACCUCAUUAUCGUCAGUCUGGGACAGUACCUAUAUCCAAGGCAUUCGAACUUUCCAUGCAAGCUGGUUUCAAGAUUCCAGCAUGUUCUGCGCAGGAGUUCAUAUAUGUAGCAACAACUAGAGGAGUACCAGCGAUAGGCCAAGACGACAAUCUCGAUAAGCUUGCCCUCAUACCUUCUCAUCUGACAACGAUGUUGGAUGAUACGCUGUCAUGCGAAACAUGCAACAGUUCAGAUCAAACUAAAUCUUGGACAUAUGUCACACCGACGAUAAGCAAACCGGACUUGAACAGUUUGUCGAUAAUAUCGGAAAAGAAGCGGUUGCAAAUACCACUGACGGGAGCACCUUAUCUUCGACCUAAUGCAGAACCUCUCAUCCACAUCCGUUCUUUCGCAAACGGCGAUGUUCACAGAUUCUUUGAGAAUGCUUUUGAGAAAGAAUUGAGCUAUGCCAUGAAGUUUUAUGGACAUGCAGGGUUGCUUCAGAGGCAAUGGAAUCAUGGCACUUCGAGAGUGAAUCGUGAGGCGACACCGGUUGAAAGGCUCACGCUGCGGGUUAUCCCUAUCCUUCCACCGGGCCAGGACACAUAUUACUACCGUUCAUUCAAAUUGAAGAUGGAGGAGAUGGUUGAGAAAGAGAUGAAAGCUAGCAAGGUAUCGAAGCGAGUGGCUAGAGAGCGUACGCUUAGCGGAAUCAUUGACAACACUGAUGACGGUGUUACUCUGAAGGAGCUCCUGGCACUAUCUGGGUUUGAAACAAAGUAUCCUCUCCAUUGUGAUAACUGCGAGGAUGAAAAAAUAUGCAUAUUUUUCAAUCCGCGCUUUUCUGAUGGGAUAUCUCAAUGUGGAGGCUGCUGGAAGCACUCCGACAUGUGCACCUUCUCAAACAUGACAUACGACUUGCUCAACGAAAUUCGCAAAUUCCCACAUUUCCGAGCAUGUGUACCAUGUCACAGAUGUUGGAGAGAGGGAACACUCUGCAGUAAGGACCAAGGUCAAUGUCUACCUGGUGAAGCGACGGGAAACAUCUGCCAGCGAGAGAUGUACGCAUGCUAUUGGGAACCAAGGGAUGACUCUUUCUGCGUACCUCACUGCGACAAAGCUCAUCACGACGAUGGUUAUCAAAAUAUGGUGCAUCGUUCUCGAGACGAUGUUGGCUCGAAUGCACAAAAUGUUGCCCGCGAGACCUUCAUUAGUAGUACUGCAUUAGGUUGA